CAUCAGUACUUACCUAGCAGUGGGUUAGUUAUAAUAAGAGAAGCGGAUGAUGACAUCCUCACACCUCUAAGCUCUGGCAGUGAGAAACUCACUUAAAGUGAAAUAUCUCUUUCUUUGAAAAGGAAACAAUGUGGAAAAUGAGCAUUUAAUUCAGAAUAUUUCUGUGGCGACAGCUGAUGUCUGUGGACGCUUAAAGAGACGGUUUCAUAUUUCACACGAAAAAAUGGGAUGUAGCUGCAGUUCAGAUUUUUCGGACACCGACUGGAUUGAGAACCUGGAUGAAAUCUGUGAACACUGCAACUGUCCUAUACCUCCCCAGUCAUGUAAUCCAUACACAGAUCAGCUGAUUCCAUAUGCGUCACAGCAUUCGCCUCCUACAUCACCUUUACCAGACAACCUUGUGGUGGCCAUCUACAGCUAUGAACCCACCCAUGAUGGCGACCUGGGCUUUGAGAAGGGAGACAAACUCAAAAUCCUCAACAAGAACGACCCGGAGUGGUUCUUGGCGGAGUCACUCACCACGGGCCAGCAGGGCUACAUCCCUCACAACUUUGUUGCUAUGACAACCGUGGAGACUGAACCGUGGUUCUUCAAGAACAUCUCUAGAAACGAAGCCAUGAGGCUCCUCCUCGCUCCUGGGAACACGCAAGGCUCCUUCCUGAUCCGAGAGAGCGAGACAAGCGCAGGGUCCUACUCCUUGUCAAUCAGAGACUUGGACCACAACACAGGUGAAGGAGUCAAGCACUACAGGAUCCGCAACAUGGACAACGGCGGCUUCUAUAUCACGGCCAAGAUCUCCUUUAACUCUCUGAAGGAGCUGGUCCAGCAUCAUUCACGUGAUGCAGGCGGGCUGUGCACAAAGUUAGUGAAGCCGUGUCAGUCGAGGGCCCCGCAGAAGCCCUGGUGGCAGGACGAGUGGGAGAUUCCUCGCGAGUCCCUGAAGCUGGAGCGCAGACUCGGAGCAGGGCAGUUUGGAGAAGUCUGGAUGGGCAUCUACAACAAUGACAGGAAAGUGGCCAUUAAGAACCUGAAGAUGGGCACAAUGUCAGUGGAAGCCUUCCUGGCCGAGGCCAACAUGAUGAAGAACUUGCAGCAUCCUCGCCUGGUGCGCCUCUUUGCCGUGGUGACCCAGGAGCCCAUCUAUAUUGUGACAGAGUACAUGGAAAAUGGAAGCCUCGUGGAUUACCUGAAAACAACAGAGGGAAGCAGUUUGGCCAUGAACAUUCUCAUAGACAUGGCAGCUCAGGUGGCUGAUGGCAUGGCCUUUAUUGAGCAGAGGAAUUACAUUCACCGAGACCUGCGAGCUGCCAACAUCCUGGUGUCUCAUGAACUCAUCUGUAAGAUUGCUGACUUUGGACUCGCGAGACUCAUCGAGGACAACGAAUACACGGCCAGAGAAGGUGCAAAGUUCCCCAUCAAAUGGACCGCUCCGGAAGCUAUUAACUACGGCACCUUCUCCAUCAAAUCAGACGUGUGGUCCUUUGGUAUCCUCCUCACAGAAAUAGUGACAUAUGGACGCAUACCGUACCCAGGUAUGUCCAACCCAGAAGUGAUCCAGAACCUGGAGCGGGGCUACAGGAUGCCAAAGCCAGAUAACUGUCCGGACGGGCUUUAUAACGUCAUGGACGAGUGCUGGAAAGAGAGCCCCGAGGACAGGCCCACCUUUGAGUACCUGAGGAGUGUUCUGGAGGAUUUCUUCACUGCCACAGAGAGACAGUACCAUUAAUGAGCCUGAGGGGCCACAAAGACAUUCAUCCACAAAUAUACUCAAACUAUACUUAGUGUUUGUUAUUACUGUUACUUUUAUGAAUAACUCCUCUGUAUCCUGAAGUGCCCUCUUACAAACUGUAUGAUAUGAUCCCAUGUGAGCUGGAUCACUGAAUAACCACCAACAGAGGGCGGUCAUUAAGCUGCUUGAAUAAACUGGAGACUAGUCAAUGUCACUGAAGUAGUAGCUGCUCUCCUGGUGCUUGUUCCUGAGGUGUAAAUACUGUCAAAUGGCUUCGGUUGUGUCUUACAUUUGCAGGUUAAUAAAUGUUUUCAGAUGCUUUUACUCACA